GGCAAGGGCGAAACUCUGUCUCAAAAAAAAAAAUAAAUAAAUAAAUAAAGAGUAAGCUCUCUGGUGUACACCUUCUGUCAUUCUUAUGCCUUUGGCCAUUUUGUGAUGUGGAAAUAUGAUUCUCAUCAGAUAUCAAUGGGAUGAUCUUGGACUUCCAUAAUCUAAAAUUGUGAGCUAAGUACACUUCUAUUCUUUAUAAAAUACCAACUCUAGAAUAUUCUGUUAUUAAAGCAGAAAAUGAAAAGAUUCACAGAAUCUCUAAAUAGAUUUUAAGAAUCAACAGUAUGCUUCACCCAGGUGACUUAUUUUAGAUUUAAGGGCACACAUAGGUUAAUGGUUAAAGAAUUUUAAAAACCCAUACCAAUAAUUGAAAGAGUGUAAGAGUGGCUAUAUUUAUAUCAGAAAAAACAGACUUCUAGAAAAAAAUCUGUCCCAAGAGACAAAGAUCACUCUACAAUAAAAAGAGGAUAAUUUGGCCCUCCGGCCCCGCCCCGCGGGGUGGCCUGGCAGUUUGGUCUGGAGCAGCUGAAACUGGUUUGAGCGUAGCCGCUUCCUGUCGCUUGGCGCUGCGACUGGCCGCCCUGGGGAGCGCUGGCGAGGCACCGACAGCGGGUGUCCGGUACCUCUGCCCGCGGUCCUCGCUCUCGGGCAGGGCGGCAGCGAUGCGGACCUGUGGACUAGCGAACCUGGCAGCACGACGUCAUAAAAUAAACCCAUCAGAAUGACACCUUCUCAGGUUACCUUUGAAAUAAGAGGAACUCUUUUACCAGAAGUUUUUGCAAUAUGUGGAAGCUGUGAUGCUUUUGGGAAACUGGAAUCCUCAAAAUGCUGUCUCUUCUUCCAGAGAAUGAGACAGGUGGAAGGAGCUAAGAUUGUAUCAGAAUGAGGACAAUGCCCUAAAACCUGUCUUAGCAGAGCCAGCAUGUUAUGGAAAGCAACCAUUGUACUCAGUGGAGGAGUAUAAGUUCAGCAUCGCUACUUCAAAGGGUACUUUUUAGAACCAAAGACUAUCGGUGGUCCAUGUCAAGUGAUAGUUCACAAGUGGGAGAUUCAUCUACAACCACGAUCAAUAACCCCGUCAGAAAGCGAAAUUGUUAUUGACGAUGGACAAUUUGGAAUCCACAGUGGUGUUGAAACUCUGGAUUCUGGAUGGUUGGCAUGUCAGAUUGAAACAAGAUUACGUUUGCAUUGUUCUGAAAAACCUCCUGUGCCAAUAACCAAGAAAAAAAUUUAAAAAUCUAGAUUUAGGGUGAAGCUGACACUAGAGGGCCUGGAGGAAGAUGACGAUGAUAGGGUAUCUCCCACUGUACUUCACAAAAUAUCCAAUAGCAUGGAGAUCUCCUUAAUAAGUGACAAUGAGUUCAAGUGCAGGCAUUCACAGCUGGAGUGUGGUUAUGGCUUACAGUCUGAUCAUUGGACAGAGUACAGCAUACGGACAAUGGGACCAGAUAACCUGGAACUAAUCUUUGAUUUUUUUGAAGAAAAUCUCAGUGAGCAUGUAGUUCAAGGUGAUGCUCUCCAUGGACGUGUGGAUACAGCUUGUCUCUUAUCAUCCACCAUUGCUGAGAGUGGAAAGAGUGCUGGAAUUCUUACUCUUCCCAUCAUAAGCAGAAAUUCCAGGAAAACAAUAGGCAAAGUGAGAGUUGACUAUAUAAUUAUUAAGCCAUUGCCAGGAUACAGUUGUGACAUGAAAUCUUCAUUUUCCAAGUAUUGGAAGCCAAGAAUACCAUUGGAUGUUGGCCAUCGAGGUGCAGGAAACGCUACAACUACCCAGCUGGCUAAGGAAAAUACUAUUGCUUCUUUAAGAAAUGCUGAUAGUCAUGGUGCAGCCUUUGUAGAAUUUGAUGUACACCUUUCAAAGGAAUUUGUGCCCGUGGUAUAUUAUGAUCUUACCUGUUGUUUGACUAUGAAAAAGAAAUUUGAUCCUGAUCCAGUUGAAUUAUUUGAAAUUCCAGUAAAAAAAUUAACAUUUGACCAUCUCCAGUUGUUAAAGCUCACUCAUGUGACUGCACUGAAAUCUAAGGAUCGGAAAUAAUCUGUGGUCCAGGAGGAAAAUUCCUUUUCAGAAAAUCAGCCAUUUCCUUCUGGUAAGAUGGUUUUAGAGUGUUUGCCAGAAGAUGUAGGGUUUAACAGUGAAAUAAAAUGGAUCUGCCAACAAAGGGAUGGAAUGUGGAAUGGUAACAUAUUUUGACAUGAAUCUUUUUGGAUAUAAAUUUAAAAACUGUUUUAGAAAAUUCUGGGAAGAGAGAAUAGUGUUUUCUUCAUUUGAUGCAGAUAUUUGCACAAUGGUUCGGCAAAAGCAGAACAAAUAUCCCAUAUUAUUUUUAAUUCAAGGAAAAUCUGAGAUUUAUCCUGAGCUCAUGGACCUCAGAUCUCCGACAACCCCCAUUGCAAUGAGCUUUGCACAGUUUGAAAAUCUACUAGGGAUAGGCUGGGUGCGGUGGCUCACUCCUGUAAUCCCAGCACUUUGGGAGGCUGAGGAGGGUGGAUCACCUAAGGUCAGAAGUUCAAGACUAGCUUAGUCAACAUGGUGAAACCCCAUCUCUACUAAAUAUGCAAAACUUAGCUGGGCAUGGUGGUGGGCGCCUGUAAUCCCAGCUACUCAGCAGGCUAAGGCAGGAGAAUCGCUUGAAUCCAGGGGGUGGAGGUUGCAGUGAGUCGAGAUCACACCAUUGCGCUCCAGUCUGGGCAACAAGAGCGAAACUU